AGGCAGAGGCGCAGAGAGGCAGAGCGAUCAGCAGUGAUCAGCAGCAAAGAUGGCGCUGGUCUGUGUUAUGUCAGAUUUUUAAAAUUGAUUUGAACUCCGUCGGGCACCUUUUUCCGUCGGACACGACGACGACGGGCUAUUGGAUCGUUCCCGUAGCCGUUCUCGCGCCACGCCGCGCAUCACGUUGCGACCCGCGAGCGAAACGCCGGACAGCGAUGACCGCGGUGAGUCACGUGUAACAGUCGCGCCGUUAGAAUUUUCGCAUCCUAACCUAGCUCCCCGCGGCUCGUUGAACCUUGAACCGUUUUGUCGGAGUUCUCGAUUUUCCCCAUGGGACACCGCGAGUCCGCGACGAGGCACGGGGAAGGUGCCGACUGAGCGCGUCAACCGCGAAAAGGAGAAAGGUCGGAAAAGAGAGGAGGAUCGGUGGGUCGUCCGGCUGCCGAAGGACAGGAUCGUUCGAAGCUCCGGUCUCGCGAGGCCCUUCACUGGUCCCCGGAGGACUUGCGUCCUCGCUCCAGACGCUCACCUCGCCUCGCCAGACGCGCUUCGAUUGGAUGCGGCUGAGAUCAACACCUGGCUGAGAGAUGCCGAAGAUAAGGAUCAAGCAGACGCCGAACAGUCUCUGGUUAAGGCAACGCGAGCUGGGUGUCAAGUUUCCACUGGGCCACAGCGACGACUUCCACAAGACCCUCUACUCCUCCAUCCAGCCCAUCACCUCGUGGGACCAUGGGGAUAAUCUAACCGCCGCGAGGCACGGCGGAGUAUUCAACUUGGAGUACUCGCCAGACGGGUCCCUCUUGCUGGCGGCAUGCGAGAAGAAGAGUAUUUUAAUGUUUGACCCAUUAUGUAGGAAAUUGAUACACGCGAUAGAUAAUGCUCACAAUGACUGCGUCAACUGCGUAAGGUUUCUGGAUCAGCGUAUGUUCGCGACUUGUUCGGACGACAGUACGGUUGCUCUGUGGGACGCCAGGAACUUGAAGCAAAGGAUAAGAACUCUUCAGGGGCAUUCUAAUUGGGUUAAAAACAUAGAAUACAGUCCGAGCGAUAGCUUGUUAUUGACCAGUGGAUUUGACGGUAGCAUAUAUACUUGGGAUAUUAAUAGUUUUACAGAAAAUAGCUUUGUGUACAAUCGUGUGUUUCAUACAAAUGGAUUAAUGCGAACAAGACUUACUCCUGACACUAGCAAAAUGUUAAUAUGCACUACAUCAGGAUAUCUCAUCAUAAUACAUAAUCUUAAACUUAGCACGCUAAGUCAGGAUCUGGCAGGAUUCAAGCCAAAUAUGUACAGGCUAAUGCAGUUAUCUCAAACUACCAUACCGGUCGCAGCGAGUUACACACAUCUCUUUGCUCACACUCGUACCCAUAAUAGAGUAGAAUUUCUUACCGAUUUUCCUAUAGGCGACGACGCUGAGGUGAUAUCCAGCUUGCAAGUUCAUCCGCAGGGAUGGUGCGCCCUGUCCCGAAAUGUCAGCAGUGGAGAAAAAUCGGAGUGGACUUGUGUUCACGACAUACAAGAACGUGAGGCGUCCAGCAAUGUGGAACAAGUCAAUGAGGGAGAGGAGGGCCGCCUAACGAGUCUAAAUAUGGAAGAGUUCGAGGACUUCCCUCAGUCGCAAUCGUCGCGCUCGGGAAUGACGUCUUCCUUCGUGAUAGAGAAUGGGAAUCGUGCCCGGAUAGUACACGACGUGUCGGACGUAAGAUCGAAUUCCUUCGAUUCGCCUAUCCGCGUGUCCGCGGACGCCGCGCCGUCAUCGAUCAGAUCGUCGCGAAAUAGCUGGCAGGUAACGGCGCGCAGAAAUCUGCGGUCCCAGUCGAGGAGCCCGCGCCCGGAUAGAAACGCGGUGAGAACGAAUUUCGACAUGGUCGAGGUAAGCUCGAGCACGAGCGCCGCCGCCGAUUCGAGGGUAAACGCGAUUCACGACGACGACGACAGACCGGAGGACCAACACGUAGACGAUAACGACAAUUCGGCGUACGAUGCGUCAGCCGAUGACAGGAUCUAUAGAUCUCCCAGGCCACGUUCUCAGCUCAAUGAAUUACGGCGACGUAAUAUGAUCGACAAUUUCACUAGUGGUAACGUAGAAUUGCAUGUGAGCACGUCUGACGUGUGGGAGGCACUCGUGGCAAUCAGGGAGGCUAGACUUCGCAGGGAACGGGAGAGUCAGUUUUAUCCCGGUACCGAGAGAAGAGACUGGCUGCCUAGGUCGAAUAACGGCGUGAGCGUGAAUCUUCCUCGGUCGUCCCACACGGUUGUGAUAAUCGGCGACCGUACGCGGGUACAAAAUCUGCAAAACCGCCAAAAUUUGCAGACCAUGUACGCGAUACCGAGGAAUCACAAGAUCCACCAGAACACGCCCAGGUUGACGCAUUACAUCGAGGAACCCAAUGUCGGUUCCGGUUAUAUCAAGGAACUGUGCUUCUCGGCCGACGGUAGAUUGAUAUGCUCGCCGUUCGGUUACGGGGUACGAUUACUGGCGUUCUCGAAUAACUGCUCCGAGCUGUCUAAUUGCGUUCCACCCGCCAACGAGUCUGUGCAGCUUCAUGAGUUAGCGACGCACAUUGGCCAUUCCGAUAUUGUUGUUAGCACGAAAUUCUCACCUAAGCACUAUCUGCUCGUGUCCGGCUGCCUCAGUGGCAAGAUCGUCUGGCACCAGCCGGUGGUUUAGCUAAAUGGAUAAUUGCUUUAGCCACUUUGUUAUUUUUCAUUAAUAGGUCUCUUGGUAGAUAGAUAUAUAUUUUGUCGCUUUGUACACAAGAUCAUGCUGAUUACGCAACGUGUGUGAGAAUCUUUUUGUUAAUAUUAUAUAAUUUAUAUGAUUAUAUAUAUGAAAUUACAUAUAAUUAUAUUUUUACUUGAUAUAUA